AUGUGUGGUGCCAUUCUGAGUUCCAACCUGAAACAAAUUCCCCUGGUGCAUAAACCCCCCAGGGCGAAAAAGGGACCCGCUCGCAAAACUAGAAGAAACCUGCCUAAUGCGGGCACCGAGACCCCCAAAACGGUAUUACCGUCUUUCCGGGUCUUGACUACCGCCCUCAAUCUUGAUCUCGAUUGUCUGUUUAUCUACCAGCCUCCGUUUGCCACGGCACCACCGCCCUGUCCCUCCAUUGGGGACAACAAUGCCACCGGCAUCCGAGCCAAGCACGAGUUGUUGCUGUUCUUCGGCAACCACCACUCCUCGCCUUGGAGUGGCCUCCAACGGCUCUCUCGGGUGCUAACCGACACCACGGUUUCAGAUCAUGCUGGAGACCCCCAUGCGUAUCGUAAAUUUGUUAAGAAUUUACCUUUAAGCGACAUCGACUUGCAAACCAUCACCUCCAGUUUGCCCAGAUUGACUUCGGCUCUACAUGAGGUGGCAUAUUUACGGUCGGAAUAUGUCGGUCCUGGACAUUUGCGCCUCCCUGUUUCACCUGUUAACUCAGUUUCGCCUGUCCCUGAUGGCGAUUCUCUGCCCCUGGCCCCUAACCCGCCCCGGAUCAGAAACACUAGGGGUCCAUAUAUAACCUCCCGCAAGGUCUCCAGGUGCUCGACCUGCAAAUCCAAGGAUACUCCCGAGUGGAGAAAGGGUCCGUUGGGGUCUCGCACCGUGUGCAAUGCCUGUGGCUUGUUCUACUCCAAAUUGGUGAGAAAAUUCGGCGCUCACGAUGCAGCCAAAAUCUACAACUAUAGGGCUUCCAUGGGAAUGAUCCGUAUUCUUCCCAACGAAAGGGAAAAGGAAAGGAUCAUUUCUGAGAUACCGUCAUUAUGA